CGGCCAGCGGGGCCGGGCGCCGGUAUUGGGCCGGGGCGGGCGCCUCCCACCACGCGUCCCCCUCUGCGGCCUCCGCCCGCCGUUGGAGUCUGGUCCUGGAAGUCCACUACCGUCCCCGGUGGUCUGAGCCCUGCGUGGGGGUCCGAGUGCUGCCCCGGGGGUCAGAACACUGUCGUGGGGGUCCGAGUGCUGCCCUGGGGAUCAAAGCCCUGCGAGGGGGUCCGAGUGUUUUCCAGGGGUUCUGAACCCUGUAGUGAGGGUCCGACUGCUACCCCGGAGGUCAGAGCCCUGUGUGGGGGGGGGUCAGGAUGCUGCCCCGGUGGUCAGAGCCCUGCGUGGGGGUCCGAGUGCUACCCCGAGGUCAGAACCCUACUUGGAGGUCCGACUGCUACCCCGGAGGUCAGAACCCUGCUUGGGGUCCCACUGCUACCCUGGGGGUCUGAGCCCUGCGUGGUGGUCCAAGUGCUGCCCGGGGUGUUGGACCAUGCAUGGGGGUCCUAGUGCUGGCCCAAGGGUCCUCCACCACGGGGUCCAAGUGCUGUCCCGGAGGUCAGAGCUCUGUGUGGGGUCCGAGUGCUGACCUGGGGGUCAGAGCCCUGCGUGGGGGUCCGAGUGCUGCCCCGAGGGUCCCCUGCCAUGGGUAGUCCGUCUGGUGCCCUGGUGGUCAGAACCCUGUCGUGGGGUUCCAAGUGCUGCCUCGGGUCAGAGCCCUGUGUGGGGGUCCGAGUGCUGCUCCCGGGGGUCAGAGCCCUGCAUGGGGUUUGAGUGCUGCCCUGGGGGUCAGAGCCCUGUGUGGGGGUCCAAGUGCUGCCUCGGGGGUCAGAACACUGUCGUGGGGGUCCGAGUGCUGCCCCGGGGGUCAGAACACUGUCGUGGGGGUCCGAGUGCUGCCCCGGGGGUCAGAACCCUGCGUGGGGGUCCGAGUGCUGCCCCGGGGGUCAGAACCCUGCGUGGGGGUCCGAGUGUUGCCCUGGGGGUCAGAGCCCUGCGUGGGGGUCUGAGUGCUGCCCUGGGGGUCAGAGCCCUGCGUGGGGGUCCAAGUGCUGCCCUGGGGGUCAGAGCCCUGCGUGGGGGUCCAAGUGCUGCCCUGGGGGUCAGAGCCCUGCGUGGGGGUCCGAGUGCUGCCCUGGGGGUCAGAGCCCUGUGUGGGGGUCCGAGUGCUGCCCCGGGGGUCAGAGCCCUGCGUGGGGGUCCAAGUGUUGCCCUGGGGGUCAGAGCCCUGCGUGGGGGUCCGAGUGCUGCCCUGGGGGUCAGAGCCCUGUGUGGGGGUCCGAGUGCUGCCCCGGGGGUCAGAACCCUGCGUGGGGGUCCAAGUGUUGCCCUGGGGGUCAGAGCCCUGCGUGGGGGUCUGAGUGCUGCCCAGGGGGUCAGAUCCCUGCGUGGGGGUCCGAGUGCUGCUCCACGGGUCCCCAGCCAUGGGUCCGAGUGCUGCCUCAGGGGUCAGAACCCUGCAUGGUGGUCGAGUGCUGCCCCGGGGGGUCAGAACCCUGCGUGGGGGUCCAAGUGUUGCCCUGGGGGUCAGAGCCCUGCGUGGUGGUCCGAGUGCUGCCCUGGGGGUUGGGCCAUGCUUGGGGGUCCUAGUGCUGGCCCGAGGGUCCUCUGCCAUUGGGUCCAAGUGCUGUCCUGGAGAUCAGAGCUCUGCGUGGGGGUCCAAGUGCUAACCUGGGGGUUAGAGCCCUGUGUGGGGGUCCGAGUGCUGCCCCAAGGGUCCCCUGCUGUGGGUGGUCCGACUGUUGUCCCCGGGGUCAGAGCUCUGUGUGGAGGUCCGCUGCCGUGGGGGUCGAGUGCUGCCCCGGGGGUCCUGAACCGUGUCAUGGGGGUCCCCUGCAUGGGGGGUUCCAAGUGCUGCCCCGGGGGUCCCGAACUUUACCUUGGGGUUCCCCUGCGUGUGGCUGCAAGGGGAGGCGGGCAGGACCUCACGCGGCCGCCCGGCGUGGUCCUUCUGCGCCACCUGGCGUUGGAUGUGGGCAGGUCCGCUCCUGCAGGCCCCGUCCUCUGGAGGAGAGGAGCUGCCCAGCUCACAUUUGCAGGGCUGCGUGGGGCUCUCCGCGGCACACGGCCCUCCCCGCUCUCCUCUGCUCGCCGUCCCGGCUGGAUCCCCGGCACCUGGAUCCCCGCACGGCACCGCACGCCCCCCCGCGAAGCCUGCCUUCCCCGCGGUUUCUAG